AUGACAAUUGGGCCUCCACAGUCUUCGAGGAAAGCAUCAAAUGUUCCAGCUCCGACUCUGAGUACUGGAAGGAUACCCUAUUGCAACAUAUGCGGAAAAUCUCAUUCAGAAAGAUUGACAACACCUUCUGGAUCGUCUAGUAUUACAAGUCAAGCUUAUCAGAAUAUGGAGAUUCAAUUUGAGGACAGAGUUUUCAAGAUCGAUCUAAUUUGUAUUCCUAUAAGAGGAAUAGAUGUGAUAAUUGGCAUAAAUUGGCUAGUAGCAAAUAAUGCUAUGCUUGAUUGUACCAAAAGGGUGGUUUCACUACUAGUGUUGUGUGUAGCUAUGGAAUCCUUGGAGCAACCUAAGUUUCUAUCAGUAUUAUGUGCUAAGAAGUUGAUCCGACAAGGUUGUGAUGCCUAUAUAGUAUUCUUUAUAGCCAGUAUGGUGUAUGAUGGUAGGAUCAAGAAGAUUGGGGUAGUAAGUAAGUUCCUAGAUGUAUUUUCAGAAGAAAUGACUAGACUACCUCCUGAAAGGGAAGUUGAGUUCUUAAUUGAUUUGGUUAGUGGAACCGAACCAAUAUCAAAGGCUCCUUAUAGAAUAUCGCCAUCAAAAUUAGUUGAGCUAAAGAAUCAGAUUGAAGAUUUACUAGAGAAGGGAUUUAUUAGGCUAAGUGUAUCGUCCUAA